CCCCCAGAAUAAAAGAUCAGCGCUCCUCCGCCGCGCGGCCUCCGUUUCCGAUGGAUCCUUUAACCCUCCUCCGGGAAUACACCAUCAGCAACUCACUCGACCGAAUCGUCCGAGUCAACGAUGAUUUCCGCUUCGGCUCCGACUACUCCUUCCCCGCCACCAUCGAGACCACCUACCGCUCCAAGCACGUGCAGCAGACGCGCCGCUACACCCUCGAAACCCUAGUCCACUUCAUCACCAAUCACCACCUCAAGCACACCGAAUACAUCCAGAAUGCCCGCGCCCUCCGCAUCCCCGCCGUCACUCUCCCCGACCGGAAGCCGCUCCUCGAUUACCUCACCGGGAAAGUUCAAUCCUCCGAUUCAAUUGUCCCCCUCGAUUUCCCCAACAUUAACCCCCAAUUUAGCAACGUAGAUCGCAGCUUGCAGUACGAGGCGGGCGAUGCUGUGGGUUUGGACGGCGGGACUAGUUUGAUUGAGCUGAUUAGGGCGAAGGAGAGGCCAAUUAGGGAUAAGGAGGCAAUGCUGGUCUUCAAAAAACGUGAUUUCUACAGCGUGCUCACCUCGGCGUUGAAGAGGGAUGAGGAGAGGCAGCGGAUGGAGGCGCUGCAGAGGAAGGAUAACAUUGUGGCGAAGAAUCGGAUUGAGAGUAGAGGGUUUGGUGUGGGUGAGGAGGCGACUAAGAUGCGGAAGAUUGGGGAAGGGGUUCCAAUCAUUUUGGUCCCAAGCGCAUUUUCGACUUUGAUCACAAUAUAUAAUGUGAAGGAGUUUUUGGAAGAUGGGGUUUUUAUUCCCACUGAUGUGAAGCUGAAGCAGAUGAAAGGGGGGAAGCCUGAUUGUGUGACGGUGCAGAAGAAGUUCAGUAGGGAUCGCGUGGUGACAGCUUACGAGGUGAGGGACAAGCCCUCUGCUCUGAAGAGCGAUGAUUGGGAUCGUGUGGUUGCAGUUUUUGUGCUUGGGAAAGAGUGGCAGUUCAAAGACUGGCCUUUUAAGGACCACGUUGAGAUCUUUAAUAAAAUUCUUGGGUUCUUCAUGCGCUUUGAGGAUGACAGUGUGGAAUCAGCCAAAGUUGUGAAGCAGUGGAAUGUCAAGAUUAUUUCGAUUAGCAAAAAUAAGCGACAUCAGGACAGAGCUGCAGCUCUGGAGGUGUGGGAUAAACUUGAAGAAUUUAUGCGAUCUCGAUCUCGUUAGAGGGUCAGGAGGUUGGAAAAAGGAAACAAUUCUAGGUUGCAUGAUGAGGGCAACAUUACGGACUAUGUGACCUGGAAUUGUCAUUUUAAUUUAUUUAUGGUUUAUAUUCUUAGCUACAAGUUGAAGUAGUAGCAUAUGUCAGAAUUUCAUUCGAGAGGCUAAUUGAUUCUUAUCAGCUCGUUUGCAUAAGCCGGAAUUUCAUAUUGUGCUCACUCGUCGUCGUCCUGGUAGUUGCCAUUUCGCAUUCAAAUUUUUCUGCCUUUGAACUGUUAUGCAACUGUGGUGAUAGAUGAGAAUAAGAAUAUUUACCGUCUGACCUGUAAAAUAAGUUUCAUGAUGGGAUGAUGCGU